AUGACUUGUCAAGCAGACAUGGAAGGAGAAAAACUGCGCAAAGGUCCAUGGCUUGAAGAGGAAGAUGAACGACUCACAGGCUACGUAAAUCUAAAUGGAAAUCGGAGGUGGGAUGCUUUAGCGAAAGAAUCAGGUCUAAGGAGGAGUGGUAGGAGUUGCAGGAUGAGGUGGUUGAACUAUCUCCGUCCAAAUCUUAAGCAUGGACGUAUCACUGUCGAAGAAGAGAAAAUAAUCCUUCAUCUUCAUGAACGUUGGGGCAACAAGUGGUCGACGAUUGCUCGAAUGCUUCCAGGAAGAACCGAUAAUGAGAUCAAGAAUUACUGGAGGACAUAUUUAAAGAAGAAAGAACCAAUUCAAGAUGGAAACUUCCAAUGUACAUCAAACAAAGGCCAGCAAAGUCUUUUCUUUCAGGAAGGUGAUAUGAGUGCUGAAAAACAGUACAACUUUAAUCAACACCAUGACUCUGUUUCAAAUUUAUGUGGAGCCAAGGAUGCUUGCUCUGAUGAUCUGGGUUUAUCGGAAUUUGCAUUGACAAAUUCUCCGUACGAAACCAGGUUAUCAGAUUGGAUAUCCGAAUUAUCAAGCGAACAAAGCGGAAUAAACUAUAAUCAGGACUGUAAUAGUGUAGAGUCAGAUUUGUGUCAUCCGACAUGGACUCCAGAUGAUAGCAAUAGGUGGGAGUGUCCAAGUUUCCUCUGGGACAUGAACUAA